CCGGGAAAGGGCCUGGCAGGAUUUUUGCUAGAAUGAGGCCUGGUGUAAAAACCCCUGGGGGGCGGCACUGCUAACAUUCUGUCAGACCAAAACUCAUGCCCCACCCAGCCGCCAGCGAUUCACGCUUCUCUCCUCCGCCUCCCUGCCUGGGUAUUCUCACACUCCUCUUCCUCCUGUUCCUCCAUUUCCUCUUCCUGUGCCCCUCAGAAGCUGCUGACAGUAUGAACCAGGCAUCCUUCCUGUACUUCGCCUAUGGGAGCAACCUGCUGAAGGAGAGGCUGCAGCUGGAGAAUCCCUCAGCCAAAGCGCUCUGCGUGGCCCAGCUUAAGGACUAUAAGCUGGCGUUCGGGAACCACCGGGGAUUGCCAAGCAAACGCUGGCAUGGGGGCGUGGCCACCAUCGAGCACAGUCCUGGGGAAGAUGUGUGGGGCGUGGUGUGGGAAAUGAACACUGAUGACCUUGAGUCCUUGGAUAGACAGGAGAACGUGAGGUUCGGCACCUACAGCCCUGUGGAGGUAUCAGUAUGGGCAUCCGGACAGGAGAUCCCGAGUCGUACCUACAUCAUGAACAGCUGUGUGUACGCCUCGCCUUCCCAACAGUACCUGAAGGUUAUCGUUAUGGGCGCGGAGCAGAAUGGUUUACCGGAAGACUAUCAGAAAAAACUAAGGUCCAUUCAGACAAAUACCUACGAAGGGACCCUAGUUGUGAUGGAUGAACUGGAUAAAGCCGUCAAAAAGUCGAGGAAAAAAGUCAAUCAUCAGUCUGACUAGCAAUGCCUUUUCUGGUACAACCAUAUCUGUGCACCCUUUCACGUAGGCCUUGGUUGUUUUAACCAUGAUACGCACCUGUCACGUACAAGUGGCCAUCUGUCUGCAAGCCCCACUAGAUGUCUAUGUGUCAGCAAAGGUAACCUGCAAUAGAAAAAUUGUUUGUCUACAUUAUGGGAGAAAAUAAAACUGCAUUUCUUGA